AUGAGUCAGAUCAUCGGUCUUGACCAACAUACCCCUAAGCUUGACACCGGGUGUACGGAUUUGCAAUCCCUCGAAAGGCAAAACAUAUGGUGGGGUUUGAUCAUUCUAGAGAGACAAAUUCUUAUCGAAAGUGAAACCCGAUCGUGGUAUUCAAGGACAAUUUUUCCGUCAGAUGAUGUUUUCCUUCCUUCACUGCUCGACAACCUGGAUGAAGACGGCGGUGGGUGGAAUCAAUGCCCCUCAACUAUCCUGCCUGUCGUGCGUAGCAGUAACAUCGACACAUUCGGCCGCCAGGGUCAGGUAGCUCACUUUCUCGAACAAACCAUGUCCGUGCUCACGAAUAAGGAUGAAGACUAUAUCAAGAUCUCAACGCUAAAACAUAUCGAUGAUGACAUACAGCAGUUACUCGCCAUCACAAUGAGCGAGUAUCGAGGGCCUGGGUCUCAUUGUGUGGCUAACGCUACUGCCUUGAGGACGCUGUACCUCAUUAAUCAAGCAGUCUUCGAGAUAUCAACCAAAAAUUUGGAAAAGUUCAUACCCGUGACCUUUCCCGUAUAUGUUCACGGCAAAGAACACACUCGUUGGGUUAUUCGAACCGCUAGAGCCAACAAGAUGGUCUUCUUCGCUGUCAUUACUGCUGGCGCGUCAAUCUGUGCCAGAUUCCCUGAUACCAUCGAUUCAAGCCGUGUGAUAAACGGCUACAACAAUGUUUCUAUGGGGCAGAUAUUUGCAUUAAAGAUGGCUGCCUUGAAGCACAUUCGACAUAAAUUCACUAGCUACGAUAUCCAAGACUGGAUCACGGUGUUGUAUAGUGUGACGUGUCUAACUGUCGCUGCGAUUAUGGAUGGAGACACUCACGCAUUGACAAUACACUCGAAGGGGCUACGACAACUUUUGCCAUCGACGAACUUUAACUAUAUACCUCAUCACGUACUCCAUGUUGUGCUGUCAAUGUACUGCCUAUGCAGCACAAUAAACGGGGAGAACUGUGCAGAUUUGCCAUGUUUUCAAUAUCCUACACCUCAGACUCCUACGCGGGCGGAAGGCACACUCGACGGCAAUCAGAAUUCGUGUUCUGAGAUUCUAGCCCGUCACUCCUCGCUCCUACAGCUAGUAUGGAGCCCAGAAGACGCCCCGAUUUCAGAACUGUGA